GUGGACGCAUUCGCUCGUACGCUCCGUACAAAGCGGACUUAAGUAGUAGAGGCUCGUUAUCGCCGCCGCCGUCCUCUUCGUUUAUUGUAGUCGAACCGUAGCAGCCAGACGGAUCGAGGCUGAAGAGGACGCAACCGGACGUUUCCAUCGGAAUAUUAAAAUCAGAAAGCGCGCGGAUCAACGGGGUAUUCAUUCGUGUAAUUUCUCUCGCAAACGGCAGUGAAGAGCUCACAUCUUACUGCGUUGUCUACGAAGUGACCGCUAUCAGGCCGAAAAUCGACGUUUGAAAGAUCGAUCGUCGGAGACAAAAAAUCGCUGAAAUUAAUCGCGAGCAGAGCAGUCUAUCAGAAAAAAGGAGUAAUAGACAAGAUAUGAUGGCAGUCGCAGCCGCACAGAAGAACCGCGAAAUGUUCGCAAUCAAAAAGUCUUACAGCAUCGAGAAUGGGUAUCCUGCACGACGACGUUCUCUCGUAGACGAUGCCCGUUUUGAGACAUUGGUCGUCAAGCAGACGAAGCAAAGUGUACUCGAGGAAGCUCGACAACGUGCGAAUGACACGAACGUCGAUCAGACAAUCACGUGUACUCAGGAGCAACAGGGACAGGAGUUUUAUGUUGAUGUUUCAUCAAGUGACGAUGAACAGGUGGAAUCGUUAGUUUGCGCAGCGAAGAAGGAAGAAGCGAAAGCAGAGUCGUCGGACAGCGACGCGAAACCGGAUGACGACGACGAUGACGAUGCCGGACUAACCGAGGAGGAAGUUGUGCUCGCGAAAACUAUAGCCGAGACUUCAGAGGGCGAGUACAAUGUGCAGAAAGCGGCGUUGGUAUUGCGACUGCGAGAGGGCAUUGGCUCUCUAGGCAGAAUCCUGAAAACUAUCGAGAAUUUCAAGGGCGUGAUCACGCAUGUCGAGUCGCGACCCUCCAAGAAGGAGGGUCUGCAGUUCGAAGUGCUGGUCAAGGUUGAUAUGAACAGGCAAAGUUUGCUACAACUGAUUAGAAAUCUGCGACAAAGUUCGGCCUUGGACGGCGUGACUCUGCUUGCCGACAACUCCGUCAGCAUCAAAGAUCCCUGGUUUCCCCGUCACGCGUCCGACCUCGACAAUUGCAACCAUCUGAUGACUAAGUACGAACCGGAUCUCGACAUGAACCACCCGGGUUUCGCCGACAAGGAGUAUCGCGCUCGCCGUAAGGUCAUUGCCGAAAUCGCAUUCGCCUACAAAUACGGCGAUCCGAUACCGAGCAUUCCUUAUAUCGAGACGGAGAACGAUACUUGGUCGCGCGUUUUCAACACCGUGCUGGAUCUGGUUCCAAAGCACGCGUGCGUGGAAUAUCAGAGAGUCUUCAAGAAGUUGCAGGAGGAGAGGAUCUUCGAAUCUCAUUGUAUACCGCAAUUGCAAGAGGUCAGCGAUUUUCUGAAGAGGAGCACUGGAUUCACCCUGCGACCGGCCGCCGGUCUCUUAACGGCGCGGGACUUCCUGUCUAGCCUUGCGUUCAGAGUAUUCCAGAGUACCCAAUACGUUCGCCACGUUAACAGCCCGUAUCAUACUCCCGAACCAGACUGCAUCCAUGAGCUUUUGGGUCACAUGCCGCUUUUGGCCGAUCCUAGUUUCGCUCAAUUCUCUCAAGAAAUCGGUUUGGCGUCCCUCGGCGCUUCAGAUGAGGAAAUUGAGAAGCUAUCGACCAUCUAUUGGUUCACGAUCGAGUUCGGUCUUUGUAAAGAAGGUUCCGAAGUCAAGGCUUACGGUGCUGGCUUGUUAUCGGCUUACGGCGAACUCUUGCACGCAUUGAGCGAUAAGUGUGAGCAUCGGCCUUUCGAUCCGUCAACUACUGCUCUUCAGAAAUAUCAAGAUCAAGACUAUCAGCCGAUAUAUUACGUGGCAGAGAGCUUCGAAGAUGCUAAGGAGAAAUUCCGUCGCUGGGUGGCUACCAUGAGCCGACCAUUCGAGGUUAGGUACAAUCCUCAUACGCAGCGUGUCGAGGUCCUUGACAGCGUCGAUAGGCUGGAGGGUCUGAUAUCUCAGCUUAAUACCGAGAUGACCCAUCUCACGAAUGCCGUCAACAAAAUGAAGGCGAAACACUUCGCAUAAAAAUGAGAACUUCUGCGCAUUCGUUAUACCAAUUCAGUUAUUCCUCUCGCGAAUCAUCGAACCCCGAAGCAUCGGUCCUGUGCUUUAGCCAACUAAAUCUCUUGAACUCUUUGACGACAAUAAUCUUCGACAAUUUGCCAAAUAUAAUAGCUAACAGUAGGUAGCUAUAAAUCGCGUGAUCGCCAUAAAACUUAAUGAGUUUUUUAAUGUUUUAAAAAUGUGUUAGCUAAAGAUCGAUGGUUUUAAAAAAAACUGCAGAUUAUCGCGAAAGAUAUUAGUUUUAAAUGUGAAACAUCUUUGUCUGCGAGGCUUUAGCUUCCAGGUUCGAUGGAGUUCAUCACUUGCUCAUCGUCAUCUUUCUCAUCACGCGCAUCAACUCGUCUCUCACUCCAUGUAUAAAGUCGUUCAUUUACUUUAUUAUACGCGUGCACGCGCACCGUUUACGGAUAAAGAGCCUAUUUUUUCAACGUUAUGUUUUUGCUUAGCAAGACGACUUAAUUGAAUAAUAUAUCAUUUACGGAUGAGGCAAUUCAUGACAGCCCAAUCUCUUGCCCUCGAGUAUUUUUUAAGAGGUGUUAAAUAAACGGAAAUAAACGUAUCAGGAAGGUCAUCUUGGUAUAAAUAAGUAAUAACUUUCUUGCUAAUGGCUGCACGUACAUGCGUAUGAUAUUCACAUUAUAAUUAUAUUAUUAUUAAUUAUUAUUAUUAUCCUUUCCGUUCUAUUCUAUUACAUAAUAUUGUAUUGUUACGUUAGCACGUUACAUUCAUGAUAUUAUUACGCAUAAAUUUAAUCCAACAGACACUGGCAUCUGCCCCGAUAUUUCGUAGUGCAAUCUAUGUUUAGCAAAAAUUGUAACGCGAGAUGGUUAUCUUUAAGAAUUAACGUAGUCUUAAAACUCAUAGAACUCGCGGGAUUGAUUCCUCGUCGCGAUAGAAUUUUUUGUUCGGGCGCGAGCGUACAGUAUUCUUUUCUUUCGCGAAUCAGUUGAUAUACACAGCGACUGUAUUCGUUGGGCAAUCUUUCCAGACUAACUGAUAAGAACGAUCGUUCAGCGAGUGUUCUCGCCGAAUUGUCACGCUUAAUUUAGAAUUUACGUGCAUCAAAUUAAACAGUAUUUCGUAAAGAAUAUCUUUAAGUCGUGUUCUUACUUAGGUAGUCUGCAACUAGGCAUCUAUGUCAUUUCUUCCAAAAGUUCUUCCGGAAGUCACAAUGUUGCUUUAGAAAGACAUUAUUUAGCGAGUAGUGGCAGUCCUCCCUGCUUGUGCACGCUGUGCUAUCUUCGUCGUACCGACUCGCAUGAGAAAUCCAUCUCGUGCGUGUGCGGGCGCGUAACCCACCCUUGUUAGAUCGUAGUGAAUGCGAAUGACAUGUUUCCUUUGUAUUAUAUUGUAAAGUACUCAGAGCAUAAUAAAAAAUUAAGAUAUGAAUCUUA